UAAAACAUGGUGUUCAGACGGAAUGCGGCCGAAGGACCUUGAGCCAUGAUGUUGUGUGCACAGUUGGUGGAGGACUCGCUCGGCACACUGCGAAUCGCUGUCGUGUCCCUCCGCCCACCAGCAGGGGGCGCACAAGCACCGCGGGUCACGAAUAGGGGCCUCCGCUGUAGUCGUCACGAGGGCGAGUGUCGUUCCCGCGCCGUUCGGCUCCGCUCGAGACACCACAGCCAAGAUGGCGGACGUCGACUCGUGGGAUGCGGACAACUUCGAGCCGGACGAACCGAUCCAAAAGGCGGCAGCGCUGGACAGAUGGGAAGGCGAGGACGAGGAGGAGGAUGUGAAGGAAAACUGGGAUGAUGAAGAUGAGGAUGAGAAGGCUGAAAUGAAAAAACAAGGUAAGUUGGCAGAAGUAAAAAUACCAGAGAAAAAAAAACUAAGUGAAAAAAUAAAAGCGAAAGAAAGUAUACAAAUGAAGAAACAAGAUGAGAUGAAAGAAACGGUAGCACAAUCAAAACAAGACCAAGAGCUUACACCAGAUGAAGAAUUGGCAGAAAAAGUAAGAGUAAGGAAGCUGCAGGAAGAGGCAGAUCUGGAACUGGCACAGGAGGCAUUUGGUAUAACUAAUAAUGUUACAGGAAUUGAUGCCAUGAACCCAUCCUCUAAAGAUGACUUUACAGAGUUUCAGAAGUUGCUGAAAGACAAAAUAUCUUCAUAUGAAAAAUCUGUGCAUUAUUCCAGCUUUUUGGAGUCAUUGUUUCGAGACCUAUGCCUUUCACUGGAAGUGGAAGACCUAAAGAAAAUUAGCAACUCUCUGACAGUACUACUCAGUGAAAAACAGAAGCAGGAAAAGCAAAACAAGGCAAAGAAGAAGAAAAAAGGUGUCCUUCCAGGGGGAGGCCUAAAGGCCACACUAAAGGAUGACCUGGAGGCCUAUGGGGACUUUGAUGGAGGCUAUGUGCAAGACUUUGAGGACUUCAUGUGACAAAGGCUGGACCUUGACCCACCUCAUUCCUUUCAGCCACUCAGUCUGUUCAACACUAUUGUAGGAAUACAGACCCCCUUUGUCUUUGGUCUUCAUGGGUAAAAAUGUCUUCAGAGAACUCCUCAGGCCUUUGUGUCCAUUGUGGCCCCCCUCCAAAGCUAAUGUCCUGGAGAAUAAAGAUAACUACACCUCAAAUUUCUUUAGAAAAUACUUCUAUAAAGUUUAGAUACCAUUUCUGCAGUUUACUGAAGACCUGCAUAAGUUUUUUUUGACAACAGCAUUUUUGUGUAAUUGAAUUAGACCAUCUAUGCAAAUACUUCAGCCAGAAUGUCUGCAGCUCCUAAGCAUAUUACAUUUUUGCGAUUUCUAACAUAAUGUUCCAUUCCCCCCCCCCCAAAGCUAGACUGCCAAAUUAGUUAUGAUCAUCUGAUUUUUUUCCACACAUAGCUUUUAUGCAAAGAGAAGUUGGCUGGCUAAAAUACUAACUGUAAAAACUAAAUAGGUAAAAUCAAUUACAAAUGUGAAGUAAACAUGUCAAGCCUUCCAGGAUGUUUCACAAAACACUUGUGUUGGUUCUUUGUGAGCAGAAACAAAAUUUAUCAGCAUUUACUGCUUCAAGGCAUCAAAUGUUUUCCACUAAAUAAAGGGGCUGGACAUCUUCAAAUAACUGGUUUCUUGAAAAUGGUUUCCACAGCACUGUGAUGUGCAAGUUAACGGAUUUUGGCUCAUGACUGAUGUCCCAGUGUUUUCAUUUGCGCUAUAAUACAUAUGAAACACUGGGGUUUUUAAUAUUUUAGAAGAUGCUUUAUAAGGAAUUACAAAAGCUGAGAAGUCAACAGUGCAAGUGGGCACAGUGUCUGCUGUGUUUUAUACAUAAUUUAAUUAAAUCAUUCUGCAAAAAAGCAUUUGUUUCUGUUUGCUUGUUCUGUCACUUUUGGGACCAACUGAACCGCUACGCUGAUACCCAGCUC